AUGGAGAGAAUGGAAAGAGAGCGUAUUGAAAGAGAACGUGCAGAAAGAGAGAGAUUAGAAAAAGAAAGAUUAGAAAAGGAACGUUUAGAACAAGAACAAAAAGAUAACAUAUGUUAUAUAUAUUGUGAUGAUAUAGAGGCCAUUAAUAUGGUAACAUUAGGUUAUAACAAUAAACUUUGCCUUUAA